AUGAUUCUUUCUUCCUCGAUCAUGUUGAAAACUGCCAAUGCGUUCGUGCCCUACGACGGCCGUGAGGCCUGCGCCUCUCUCCCCCCUGGUCGCGACUACGACAAGUUCAGGGAAAUGUACAACGGCCGGAUCAUCUGUCGUCGGCACGGCUUUAGUACGUGCGAAGCAUGCGAUGUGGACUAUGGCUGGCUAGAUGAUGUCCUUCCUGCCGACAAUUGUGAAGAGAACGAACUCGUUGUAAGCCGCACCGGCGUUUCGCUCGAUGAGGAAUUUUCGAACUUUGAUAGGAACGAGGACUUCGCGUCCAGCCUGAUUGGGGACCUCGAUCACCCGGAUGAUCCUUUCGCAGAAUCCGGGCUUGAUCGCAUGUCCGAAGCCGGCCGCGAUUCUCGUCAAGCUGGGGCUAGAUCCCAUCCCCAGACCGCGGUCCUGGAGACGAGAAGCGGGACUGGCCGUGUUUUCCCUACAGUCUUCCGUUCCUCCGAGGCCGAACCUCUUGAAUUGGUGAAACCUGAAUGUCGCUCUGCGCGCAGCGGAGAAUCUCGCUACAUCCACCGUGACGACGAUUCAACGGCCUUGCUCCUAGUUAGUGGCUCAUGUGAGUACAACGGCAAAACUCAUGCUAGGGGAGGUUGGGGCGUCGUCUUUGGCCCUGGGAACAACACAGCCAGCGGCCCGGUCGAGCCAUGUAACCCGUUCACCGGCCGCUUCAUCAAGCCAACCAGCAACCGGGCCAAGCUACGUGCCGUCAUCGCGGGGGUUCGCUCGCACGGGUGGGCCGCCGAGGGUUUCAAGAACCUAAUCAUCGUCACGGACUCGUCGUACGUCGUGGACGUGGCUACAAUCCACGCCCGGAAUUGGAUACAGCGAACGGAAUUCAAGGCCAACGAAGACCUGUGGCGACUGCUGCUGGGCGAGGUGGAGCGGCAGGAUGAGAUGGGAGUGGCCAUCCAGCUGUGGCGUUGCAGCGGCGGCCCGAGUACGUAUGAUCUCGUGGACAAGAUUGCCAGCGAGGCCAGCAAGCGUAGCUCGAACCCGAGCAGAUGGGCGGCCGGGGAAGGCAUGUGA